GGCUCAGUGAGCUUCCUUCAUAAAAGACAGCAUUAUUUAUGUCAUCUACAAAAUGGACUCGAGGUCUGUAGACCAUUUUCGUCACUGAUGGAAGAUAACAUUUAUCCUGGGUUAAGGUAGAUUAUCUGAAUCUGUAUAAAUACUCUUCAUCCAGGAUGCUUGGCCUCAGAACAUCGUCGCAUCUCUCAGGAUCGCAUAUUGUCAGAAAUGGACACUGCCGUGUUCAGCUGUGGGCUGCUGCUUCUGUUCCUAGGUCCAGCCGUUCCCACAUGUCUACCCACGGACUUCACGCUGUACGUGGAAAAGCCGGAAUGUGACUACUGUGUGGCGAUCAACGCCACCAUCUGCAUGGGGUUUUGCUUCUCCAGGGACAGCAACAUGAGGGAUGUUCUCCGCCCACGCUUCCUUAUCCAGCGGGGCUGCACCUACGACCGGGUGGAGUACCGCACCGUCAUCCUACCCGGCUGUCCUGUUUACUCCAACCCUGUCUUUACCUACCCGGUGGCUCUCAGCUGCCACUGCGGCGCCUGCAGGAGUGACAGUGAUGAGUGCACGCACAGAGCCAGCGCCAGCGGAGCCAAGUGCUCUAAACCAGUCAGGCGAGCUCAUCUCUACCCUGGUCAGAGGAACUACAUGAUCCCAUUUUAAAAUUUACAGGACUCUUUUUCCUUAUUAUGAAUACAAUAUUUGCCGUUUCCUCUUUCAACUUGUUUUAAUUGUCUUUUGUUUCCCAGCAUACCCUUUGCUUCUGUGUUUAUAUUAGGGGAUUGGUUAGUAUCAGUACUCCUUUUUGUUUGUUCACUCACAUGAGGACAGUUCCUUGAUUUCUAAUGUUUUCUCUGAAAGUCCUCCUCUGACCACGAGCCAAUUAAAGCAUCUAAGUAGA